CCCGCACCGCCGCGGCAAGAGCGAGCCGGCCACCCCUCGCUGGCUCCCUGCAUCCGCCGCCCGAACGCAUGAACCUGGUGACGGUUUCAGUCUACGUUCCUAGCCCGCCACUGCCUACUAUAACUAGGCCUCCACCCCGUUACCCCGCGGCUGCAGCGCCCACACAGUACACACCGCCCUCAAGAAGUAGCAGCAGCGGCGAGGGUGAGCCGGGCACUGGGAGGCGCGCGGCGUGCGUGGGCUCGUCUAUCGCCGAGCUCCAGGAAACCGCAGGGUUUCGCCGCGGAGCUAGAUUGUGCGGGGUUCCAGUGUCAAGCCCUGCCUGCACUGCGCAUCCUGAUCGUGCACAUUCUUUGGCUUUCUCUUCUCCUGGAUACCGAUGAACCAAGUACUCAAGCAGCAGGCAAUUGAUUGAUGUUGGCUCCAUCUUUCUAUAGCAUCAAAAUAUGCCAUCCAGAAGGCCUCAAAAGUACUGGUGUAAAAUCUGCAAUAAGAACUUCCCUUCAGGGAGGGUUCUCGGAGGCCACAUGUCGUGCCACCGGCAUGCUGGCAAGCAGCUGAAGAGCACUCCUGACCUUGUCGUCAAUCUGCCUGUGCCCCUGCUGGGUUCCAGUGAUGAGAAGUCUUCACUGUCAUCUUUAGAAUCUCAAAGCCUGCACUGCUCAAAGGUGUUAUCUUCUUGCCAAUCUCCGAGGGGGGACUUGGGGAUUAACAGUGAGAAGAAGGUGGUGACAAAGUCUGAAGAACCUGAACCAGCUGGGUUGAUGGAAUCUUGGGCCAAUGGUAAUGGUGAUCAUGGGCACAGUGUGAUGCUAUUUUCUCCAGUGAAGCGUAAGCGAUCAAAAAGGAUGAUGCCAGUCCUCAAAUCAGAGAUGGACGCUGCAGUUGCUCUCUUGAUGCUGGCAGAGCAUUCUGACAAGACUUCUGCUUAUGAGGAUUGCUGUGGGGGAGAUAAGGAUCGCAACAUUUCAACACCCAUGGUGUCGAAGGAGAUAAAUCUGAAUGCUUUUGAUCAGCUGGUUCAAUCUGACGAGUCCACAAACAGUGCAAGGCUGCAAUCUGACAAGAAUCCAGCUUAUGAGGGUUUUGAUGAAUACUGUGAGAAGGAAAAGGAAAACAGUUUGAAUUUGGCUGCUGAUGAUCCCAAGAAGGAAGUGCUGUUGGAUGUGUUUGAUUAUGAGAUGGAUGUAGAUGCUGAGUUCAUGAAGCCAGGGGAUGGCAUUUCAGUUGAGGAGUUGAAGUCCAGUGAACUUUCAGCUGAAACGAACAUCAAGAGGUACCAGUGCAAGGUGUGCAGAAAGUUAUUAAGUUCAAGGUAUGCAUUGGGAUGCCACAUUAGGUUACACUGUGAGAAGGAAAGCAGUUUGAAUUUGGUCACUGAUGCUCCCAAAAAAGAAGUGCUGCUUGAUGUGUUUGAUCAUGGGAUGGAUGUAGAUGCUGAGUUUAUCAAGCCAGGGACUGACAUUUCAGUUGAGGAGUUGAAGUCCAGUGACCUUUCAGCUGCAAUGAACAUCAAGAAGCACCAGUGCAAGGUCUGUAGAAAGUUACUGAGGUCAGGACAUGCAUUGGGAGGCCACAUGUCGCUACACUUUAAGAAGAAGAACAAGUUGAAUUCGGGUGUUGAUGUUCCAAAGGAGGUUCUUCUGGAUGCAUUUGUUCAUGAGGUUGAUGCAGAUAUUGAGUUCAUGAAGCCAGCUACAGAUUUGGAGUUGAAAUCCAGUGACAUUUCAGCUGCAGUGAACGUCAAGACACACCAGUGCAAGGUCUGUGGAAAGGUAUUUGGGUCAGGGCAUGCUUUAGGAGGACACAUGAGGUUACACUAUGUUCGGAAGAGCAAUCCUCAACAAGAGGUUGCUGAUUGACCUGAUUAUGUUGUGAUGGAAGAGCAAAUACAGAAGCUUGAAUUGGAUCCUCUCCUUUUUUAUCUACGGAGACCACAUUCACAUGGUACAAAUUAAAUCUGAUUCUGAGCCAUAGUGUGUGCUGAGCAGCUUUCAGCAGGCUGUGUGGGCCUGUGGCCAAACCUGGUUCCACAUUUUGUCCAAAACAGAUACCUAUUCAGUUACUGAUAGAUUCAUUAGUGGUUAGGAAACUAAAGAACUCCAUCUGUUGUAGACAGUAGAGAUUUUGAUACUGAUACUUUCUUCUCUUGAUCAACAAAUUUUGCUGGAUAGGAAGGCAAGGGUCUUCUUUAAGUCACUGCCUGAUUCUGAAACAAUGUAGCAGGUAAUGUGUGGUAUCAUGCAGUGUAAUGCAAAGCAUGAGCUUGUGAUAGGUCUGAAGAUCCCUCACAGUUCUCAUUGGCUGUACAGUGAUAUUGUUCUGUACAUAGUUACAUACUUAUACAGAGCAUAUUCUUGUCUUGAAAUAAUAGUUCAAUACAAAUACUCGGAUGAAAACUUAAA